CUUGAAUUUUCAGCAUCUAUGAGGACCUCAUCAAAGAGCUAUACAUAUCCACGACCUUGACUAUCGUUAGGUACGGGCUCACUCUUAAUAUUCUGGCCCGUUUGUUUCCGCCACAUAAAAAAGCCCCCAAGAUGGCCUUGAAGGACAUGACACACGACCUGGAGAAGCUCGAUUCUCACAUCGACUCUCUCGAGAAUGCGCUCAAGCCCCUGAUCGAUAGCCUUCCCGAAAUGGCCAACGAGCUCCCGCUUCUCGACAAGGCUAAGAUGUUCGCCCUCACAGCUUAUGCCAUCGAGUCUCUUCUCUUCUCUUCCCUCCGUCUGCAAGGCGUAGACGCCAAGGACCAUCAAGUCAUGACGGAACUCAAGCGCGUGCAACAGUACUUUGGCAAGAUCAAGAAGGCCGAAGAGGUACCGGCCCAGCGGACCAUGACCGUCAACACUGAGGCUGCUACGCGGAUUCUCAAAGCGGAUCUCGGCGAGAACGACAAGAGUUUGAAGAAGAAACUGGAGGAGAAACUGGCUGAGGAGCGCGCGAAGGCGCUGCUCAACUCCAUGCAGAGGCCCAAAAGACCCGCACCCGAAUCACCGUCAGCCAGCUCCUCCGGUCCGGAGAAGAAGUUGAGAAGCUCAAAGAGGAAGAGCGCCGGCAAGAAUCGCAACUCCUGAGCCGUCUAUGUGGAAACGGAAGUUAAACAAAUGAAGCACACAGCACGAACCGGAUUUCCAAGGCUGUGGAAUGGGUAUCGGUAGUACAGGCCGUGUAUUAGAUGUCCCGGGGCAUCAACACAUGGGACAAACGAGCCCCUCUAGCUAGGCCACGUUCUCACCGGGCCAGAUACAUCUCAACAAGAGCGGGGCCUGAUUGUGGUCUACCCAAGUGAGAUUAAAGUUUAAGUAUGAUAGUGAGGAAUUCAUCACGGGGGGUAGUGGUCAACAUUAUUUUGUGCACUGGGAGAUCGGAUACCCUCGAGAUAGACAUAGAUACCAAAUAACGAAUCACAAUG